UGCGGCGGAAAGCUUCGCCUCGAGUUGCUUCGCUAGAAGAAAGGGGGGAUCGAGGUCGCCAAUGCUUCAAUCUACACAUCACGCAACGUAACGCCACGCAACGCAAGCCCCGCAUGCUGCCCAUCGCUUGCGUUGCCUAAGAAGGGUUAGACCGACAAACCAACGGAGCCCCGAGAAGGAGGAGUAGGAGGCUGUCAACCUUGAUUUGAUUGUUUCCAAGACCAGACAGACAUCACGGUGGUCGUCGCUGUUGCGGUUGGUUUAGAGUGCUGGAUUUGUGAGGUCCAGGCCCGCUCGUCGCGCGAGCGUGAGCACUGGUUCUGUGUUUGCGUUGUGAGGGUGGUGUGGUGGGAGGGGGCGGAGAGUUGGUGAGCAAUUCUGUGUUGGUUCGGCCCCCUGUGGUAGUGUUGUUUACCGCUGCAGGCGUUCAAUACCAACAGUGUACGAGACUUGAAUUUGCUUGGCUCAGUGAGGUGGUGGAUUGUUCGCCUGCGAGUGGUGAGAUUUUGAAGAUAAGGAACGAUUUCCUGUUGCUUGCAGGUGGUCUCUGUUCGCGUGCACCGCCUGAUCAAGUGAUCUCCGAAUUGGGGGAAAUCUCCGUUGACUGUUCCAGUGUCGUUCCCUCAGUUGAUCUAGCCAAAUUCUAGACUUGCGUUGCGCUUGUAAUUGUAUGUUGUUGCUUUUCAUGUGUAUUUUGGGAGCAAGUGUCGCGAAUACGUUGAUUUCAGACGAGGUGUAGAGUGAGGAUAGUUGCAGCUCAAUCAAACAGUGCACUGCAACUGGGUGUGAAUUUGAAGUUGAAGAUACAGUAGGUGUGUACCCAAGUAACCAGUCAUGCAUUUGCCGCUUCAGCACCAGGCCCGUCUAGCCGGCAGCUUCGACGACGAGAAUGAGGAGCUUGACGCUCAGUUGCAGGCGAAUUCGGCCUCCCAUUCGCAUUCGCACCACUCACAGGAAGACGACGCUUCUCAGUCCCAAGGCAGCAAGGGCAGUGGAGGCGACGCCGCUGUUCCUGAUGGUGCCCCGAAACCCAAGAAUCUCCCCUGCCCACGAUGCCAGUCCAUGAACACCAAAUUCUGCUACUACAACAACUACAGCGUCAACCAGCCACGCCACUUCUGCCGCAAUUGCCAGCGCUACUGGACCGUGGGUGGUACGCUACGUAACGUCCCCGUCGGCGGCGGAUCACGCAAGAAGCACAGUCGCUCGCGCAGCCGCAGUGAUCCUUACUAUCGUCCCGAACCCAACCCAUCCCACGACUCCGACGGCGAAAUGGAGCAGAUCGGCAACCCUCUCCACCCUGGCCUUGCUGCAGCAGCCAUGGCGGGGAUCAUCCCCCAGGACAUAGCGAGCUUACAUUCUGAAGCUGGCUUUCCAGAUUUCGGCGAACUUUCAGAGGCACCUUUCCAUCCUAAUAAAAUCUAUAGUCUGCUCCAACUUGCUCUCCUCCAAAACGAGGGCAUGUAUGGCAUUCCAGGGAUGCCAUUUACGGUGGGGAAUCCUGAUCAUGAACAGGCAGAACUCCAUCAGCUCUUCCAGGGGCAAGCUGCAUCUAACCCCGGCAAUCUUCUGACCGCUGCCGCGGCGAUGAUGUUCAUGCCAGAGCUUGACCCAGCGGCUGUAGCCUUACUCCACAAGGCCACGCUCUGGGCCGAAGCACAGCAAGUGCAAGCGAUGGCGAGACGACAAACAGCGCAGUCGGCUCCCCCUUGGGUCGAGGAGCGGGAAUGCAAGCCUACCGUGAGCGCACACAUGAACCGAGAGAUUGCCGCCAUGGAGGAGCUUCGUCAUCGUCAACAAGCCGCUGCGGGGUCGCACAGAAGGCCAGGUUUUUGGGAGACGGCCCUGAUGCACAGCAGGCCGAACAAGCGACAGGCCUGGGACGGGACAAAGCCAUCGCUCUCUCCCCCUUCCGUGCAGCACGGUAGCGCAAGCACUGUUGACGAGGAGUCAGGAAACCCUGUCAAUGCUUCCGGUUUCUCACACAAUUACGACGACACUUCGUCAUGGGGUAGUGCAGGCUUUCAUCCCGGCCCGGACUUAUAUUACCAGUAGAUCGAUGAUGGCAACCAUUGCACUUGUCAAAGUGUCUUUGUGGUUCAGAACCGGAUGCCGACGUUGCUCGAGGUCAAGCGGGGAAGUGAAGCUCGUGUACGAUGCUUGCCGGAUAUUCAUGGACGGGGAUUCAUAGUUGGUUUUGUAUAUAGCUUGUGUUAUGUACAUAUAUGCCCUUCUGCUGCAUACAUCGACAUAGAGUUCAGAGUUGAAUGAUCUCCCCGAGACAUGAUCAUGUCUGCUCGUGCGUUACGAAUCGAUACGGUGGUUGCUCAUGCUUUUGUAACGCGUGGAAUUUUCAAGAUGAGAUUACAGCGAUCGGUAGUGUGGAUAUCUUGUCCACGACGAGCCGAUAAUGCAGAAGAGGCCGUUGGACGGAACAAGACAGAUUGUAUCUUCCGGCGCAGCUAGCGUGGACUGGGCGAGUGUAAGUUUGACAUGACUUGGUUUCGGAUUCUCUGACGCAGGAGGUUGUGAAUGAAUCCACCUUCCCGUGGUGAGUUGGAAUUUUUGAUCUGGAAAAAAAAUGAUUGUACUGUAGUAGCUUUUGUAUCUCAAUUUUUAAUGCUUAACAAUCAUUGCACCAUCUCGCUGUUUUCCUCUU